UCGGAUGGGAGGUUGAUGCACGGCAACGCGCGUGUCCGUAAGAAAAACAGCGAGACAGAGAUAAGGUUUGGGCCAGCCCACCCAGCUACAAUCCCCUCCCUCGCUCGCUGCCCACCAAGCUCAGCUCGCCUCUCCUCCCUGCCCUACCUCGCCGGCGUCGCCACCCCCGCCGCCCACAUGCUCCACCCAGUGCACCGCCUCCCUGCCACUCCUUCCCGCCCGGCCGUCCACCCGCACAUCUCCCCCGCGCCGCCCUCCCUUCGUCUCCGGCGAGUGGCCAGGACGACACCGACGACGCCUGUGGUAUGCUGCUCCGGUUUCGUGGGUUCCCUGCCUGUAGCCAAUCAGGGGAGCGAAUUCGAACCUCGAUCCAGAUCGAUCUAUGUGGGGCGGGGUUCCGUGGCCAUCGAUCCGAGAUUCAUGGCGUCGAAAAAUGGUACCAGAGGCAGAGGUAAACACCUAGCAUCACCAACUGCUAGCUUAAAUCAUGCACCAUCACCAAGAUUUCACCACCGGAGGGGUUCACGGUUUAUCGUUCGAGCUGAAUCAGAUUUCUAUUCCGUACUUGGCGUGUCGAGAAAUGCUAGUAAAUCUGAAAUCAAGAGUGCCUAUCGGAAACUUGCUCGGAGCUAUCACCCUGAUGUGAACAAAGAGCCUGGUGCUGAACAAAAGUUUAAGGAUAUCAGCAAUGCUUAUGAGGUUUUGUCUGAUGAUGAGAAACGCGCGAUCUAUGAUAAAUAUGGAGAAGCUGGUCUGAAGGGUUCUGGCAUGGGAACGGGAGAUUACUCAAACCCAUUUGAUCUCUUUGAGUCACUAUUCGAAGGAUUUGGUGGAAUGGGUGGAAUGGGCGGGGGGCGUGCUGCUCGUAACAGGCCAAUGCAGGGUGAUGACGAGAGCUACAAUUUGGUCCUCAACUUCAAGGAAGCGGUGUUUGGUGUAGAGAAAGAGAUUGAGAUAACUAGGCUGGAAGGCUGUAAUACUUGCGAUGGAAGUGGCGCCAAGCCUGGCACAAAGCCAACCACGUGUAAAACUUGUGGUGGUCAGGGCCAGGUGGUCUCCUCCACAAGGACACCACUUGGAAUAUUCCAGCAGGUAUCCACAUGCAAUACUUGUGGUGGCACUGGUGAAUUCUCCACCCCAUGCAAAACCUGUGGGGGUGAUGGCCGUGUGUGCAAGACAAAGAGGAUCAGUCUGAAGGUUCCUGCAGGAGUGGAUUCUGGAAGCAGGUUGAGGGUCCGUUCUGAGGGGAAUGCUGGUCGGAGAGGAGGCCCGCCAGGAGACCUUUAUGUCUUUAUUGAUGUUCUCUCUGAUUCAGUUCUUAAGCGAGAUGGUACAAACAUUCUCUAUACAUGCAAGGUUUCUUACAUUGAUGCAAUUCUUGGGACAACUGUAAAGGUUCCCACUGUUGAUGGGGUGGUUGACCUGAAGAUCCCCUCGGGAACUCAGCCGGGUACAACUCUGGUGAUGUCCAAGAAAGGUGUUCCACUUCUUGGUAAGUCUAACGCUCGUGGAGACCAGCUGGUACGUGUCCAGGUUGAGAUUCCAAAGCGUCUAAGCAGUGAUGAAAGAAAGCUGAUCGAAGAGCUUGCAAAUCUCAACAAAGCUGAACCGGCAAACAGUAGGAGAUGAUAACUGAAUCAUGAUUGGUUGGUUCGGUGCUUGUGCGAUAGGCAAUUUUGAUGCAAAUUGCAGCGACAAAGUGACAGUUGGAGUUGUUAUUGUAGGAACUCUGCUCAUUCUGCACUCAUUGUCAUGGAGGAAAACUGAGAGAGAUAAAGCCAUGUCUGUAUCUUCAUUUUAAGCUUACAGAAAGGUAGGUCACCACAAAUCACCGAAUGUAUGGUGAACUUUUUGCAAUAGCCUGUCGUAUGCUUUAGCCGAGCUUAUUAGACUAUUUUUGACAAUGUGAUUCUUGUAUCUUUGAAAGUGUUAGGGAAAUUAUUACUGCACAAAGGUUCUCAAUAUUUGUUGCAGAAGUGCUGCAACAUUUUAUGAGCAUUUUGUAACCUGUAACACGAACAUGUGGCAUUUUGGUGGUA